GCUUUCCCCCAUUUCUCCCCCAGCGGCAGCCAUGGAUUCUGCUGCUGAUCUGCAUACUGCAACCAUGGCCGUCCACCUCAGCGUUGGCAGCUUCGUUUGAUCUCCUUCUGGUGACAACCAUUGAUUUUGCCGCAUAACCGAAUUGCUUCUGUUCGUUAUAAUUCCUCCUCCCCAGCAACAGCCAUGGAUUCUGGUGAUUGGCUGUUCCGGCCACAGUACCACACUGUCCUCACUACGAAUCAGUACCAGCGGCGUAGGGUUUCUAAGUCCAUGAACCUAACCGGGAGCAAUAAUCCUACUGCUGCUGCCAGAUGCGUCUCUUCGGUUUUGCUUUCUGACCAAUCUUGCACCGGACCCUACACUAGCUGUGAGGUCGGAGGCAUAUUCUGCUUCCGCAUGUGGUGGCAGAAAUUUCGCUUGUCUUGAAUUACUUCCAGUGACAUUCGCUCCUCCUAAUCAGCCAUCUCCAAGCGGCCAGGAAGGGGGGAUUCUCUUUCUUUCCCGGUGAUUUUUAACGUCCGUACACCUGGCUCUUGCUGGUUACUAUGUCAGGGCUCUUCGACGUUCUUAGUCUAGAUACCACCUCCACCUGCCAGGCCAAUUUCCAAGCGUCCACUGGAAUAGUCGACGUAACCAACAGCUUCCUUCCUCCUCUGCCUUCGAUCGCCGGUGACACGUGGACGACGGAGAUUUCAUCCAACCAGAUCGAGCCUCGAGCAAUGGAAGCCGCUUUUGCUGACUCGAGAAAGACCGUUGUACCGACCGUCGUUCUCGGGCCGAUCGGCGAGGCGGCAGGCAUCAGCGAGAGGUGCUAUUCGACGACGUUAAACAGCAGCAUCGCCGGCAGUCACCUGAUAUGUCACCACGUGAACAACGCCCCGUGGAACAGUUCGCCUGGCGGCGGCUCUUCGUGCGACUCCCUCUGCCUCGGCGAAAUGGUGUGCGAUUAUAUCGAGAACGAAUGCGACGCAUGCGACCCUUGCGAUGCCUGUGAUGCCAACGACGAUGCGAGCGACGACGCCUCCGACACCACUAGCGAUGAUGGCCGUGGGUGUUGCGGGACCUGGCAGACGUGGAAGGCGGCAGCAGGAGGAGCAGCAGCAGCAGGAGCGGCAGCAGGAGCAGCAGCAGCAGGAGCGGCAGCAGGAGCAGCAGCAGCAGCAGCGAGUGCGAACGGACGUAACCAUCCCCAUGGCCGGGGUACAGAGUCUCGGGCGUUCGGAGCAUCAAGCAGCGUUGAACGGCUCGCUUCAUUGGUCGAGUCCCUCAGCUGCUGUGAGUCUCCAGAGGAGCACGCAGUGCUUGAGAUCGUUACUGCCGCCAUGAAGCACGCAAAGACCGCACCUGUUGACGUCAGCAGAAGCAGCACGACGAGCACCAGCACUGCCAGCACCAGCACCAGCACUUCCAGCACCGCCAGCAGCAGUGUGCGCAAUAUAGUGGUACCUCAGCUGCAGGCGAAGGGGUACGAUGCUGCCGUGUGCCACGCCCAUUGGAAGUGCUCCAGAUGUUACCCCCACGGCUGCCAUGAGUACUGUGACGUCAUCCUCCCCCCGUCCGCCCCCAACCGCCUGCCGGUCCGUCUCAUAGUUGACCUUGAUUUCCGGGCACAGUUCCAGGUCGCCCAUCCCACUCCACAGUACAGUCACAUCCUCCAGCUGACGCCACUUUUUUUCGUGGGCUGCCCGGACCGGCUACACCAGCUGGUGAAGGUUUUAUGUGAGGCGAUGUGGGUGUCGAUGCAUGCACAGGGUAUGCACGUGCCGCCAUGGCGCCGGCACCAAUACAUCGCUGCCAAGUGGAGUGCUGGGUACUCUCACAGGGUUUGCAUCCCUGCAGAGGGCUCAAGAAAUUCCGGAACUCCUGCUGCUGCUGCUGCUGCUGCUGCUGCUGCUGCUGCUGGCUCUGCUGCUGGUGCAGAUGCUGGUGCUGCUGCUGCUGGCUCUGCUGCUGGUGCAGAUGCUGGUGCUGCUGCUGCUGGCUCUGCUGCUGGUGCAGAUGCUGGUGCUGCUGCUGCUGGCUCUGCUGCUGGUGCAGAUGCUAGUGCUGCUGCUGCUUCCAGCAACGUGAAAGCUUCAUCAACCAGCGUACCAGUCAAUCCCCCACCAGAAGCAUAUGGAGGGCCGUUUGGGGCUCCUCGCCGUGCCAGUGUUCCCCACCAGAGCGAGCGUGGGAGUGCCCUGCCGAGAGCACCGGUGGUGGGUCUGCUGGCAAAAGGGAUGCAGCGGCUGGCGUUACAGAAACAGGCACACAAGGUGGACAGCCCAGCUUGUGUUACAGAUGCGGUAACCAUGCGGCAGCUGGCGUUACAGAAACAGUUGCACAAGGUGGGCCUGGCAACUCGUGCACUAGCAGCAGCGUCUGCUGCGUGUGAGCGUAUUGGUUGUGCGAGGGGGGGUGAUUUGCAUGUGGAUGGAUGCACUGGCAGGAGGCUCUCUUGAGCUCUUGAUAUGGUAUGUCUUCUUUUUGUGCUUGAGUCGACUCGAAACCGUGCAGCUGCAGCAGCGUCUGCUGCGUGUGAGCGUACUGGAUGUGUGGGAUGAUUUUUUUGCUGAUGGAUGCACUGGCAGGAGGCUGUCUUGACUUGAGCUCUUGAUUAUGCCCUUUUUGUGCUUUGAGUCGACUCAAGAGCGUGCAGCUGCAGCAGCAUCUGCUGCAUGUGAGUGUGUUGGAUGUGAGAGGGAUGAUUUGUAUGCUGAUGGAUGCACUGGCAGGAGGCUAUCUUGAGCUCUUGAUUGGGCUUCUUAUUGCGUGCCGUCUGGUCUUGGAGCCUGGUCUGGAAGGCUCUAGGCACAUGCGUGCCGUGCAUGUUGGGUUUUUUGAAAGAAUCGGCGGUAGGUUCUUCUGCAUGUUCUAGUGUUUUUUGCACAGCGAUUAAAUGAAAUAUGUAUUGCACCAGGCUUUAUGCACUAGCCCAGCUAGC